AUGGGUUCACAAACAGAGAUGGAGCAUCCCCUGAAGGCUUUCGGAUGGGCUGCUAGGGACACGUCCGGAGUUCUCUCUCCCUUCCACUUCUCUAGAAGGUCCCUCGCUUCCUUCUUUCAUGUAUUUGAUUCUUUGAUUAGGUUCUGUAGAAUAUGUUUCAUUACCUUGGAUGUAUCAAAAUUACUGGGGACGAGAGAUCCUUCUUCUGAUCAAUCUAAAUGUUGUUGCAGGAAAACCGGAGAGAAAGAUGUGGUGUUCAAAGUGAUGUACUGCGGGAUUUGCCACUCGGAUCUCCACAUGCUUAAGAAUGAGUGGGGCACUUCCAUCUAUCCACUAGUACCCGGGCAUGAAAUUGUUGGUGAAGUAACAGAGGUGGGAAGCAAGGUUGAGAAGUUCAAAGUUGGAGACAAGGUAGGUGUGGGAUGCAUGGUUGGUUCUUGCGGCUCGUGCAAAAACUGUACUGAAAAUCUUGAAAAUUACUGCCCAAAAAUGAUUCUCACAUAUGGUGUCAAGUAUGUGGAUGGAACUAUCACAUAUGGAGGCUACUCUGACUUGAUGGUUGCAGAUGAACAGUUUGUGGUUCGCAUUCCAGACGGCUUUCCUCUUGAUUCUGCUGCUCCUCUGCUUUGUGCUGGGAUCACUGUGUACAGUCCUUUGAGGUACUUUGGACUGGACAAGCCUGGUUUACAUGUUGGUGUGGUUGGUAUUGGUGGUUUAGGCCAUAUGGCUGUGAAGUUUGCCAAGGCCUUUGGCGCUAAAGUGACAGUAAUAAGUACAUCACCUAAUAAGAAAGAGGAAGCAUUAAGAAAUCUAGGAGCUGAUUCCUUUGUGGUCAGUCGGGAGCAAGAUCAGAUGCAGGCUUUAACGGGUACCUUCGAUGGUAUCAUUGACACUGUUUCUGCUGUUCAUCCUCUCUUGCCUUUGAUUGAUCUGUUGAAAUCUCAUGGGAAACUCGUUAUGGUCGGUGCCCCAGAGAAGCCUUUAGAACUCCCAGUCUUUCCUCUACUCAUGGGGAGGAAGUUGGUGGCUGGGAGUGCCAUUGGAGGGAUGGAGGAGACACAAGAAAUGAUUGAUUUUGCUGCUAAGCACAACGUGAAGCCUGACAUUGAGGUUGUUCCAAUUGACUACGUGAACAAGGCAAUGAAGCGUCUCGAGAAAUCAGAUGUCAAGUAUCGAUUUGUUAUCAAUAUUGGGGAGACACUGAAACCAAGCUCUUAAUUUGCACUAUCCAGAUUCUGCAAUAUUUGAGUUUGUCAGUAUAUAUACUGGACAAUCAUAUAUAUAUAUAUAUAUAUAUAUAUCAUGUACAAGGUUGGAGUAGUUGGCAACAUGAAAGGAAUGAAGUUGGAACCUGUG